CUCUAGGGUACCCAAGCAGCUCCUCUCUCGGCAUUCGCGUGUUUGGCGCUCGGGAGCUGCUCCGGAGCAACUUUGAGGUCGGUCCGAGGCCCGAGAGCGCUGUGGGGGCGCGCGCGGCCCACUCCCGGGCUGGAUGGACUCCAGCAUCCCUCUGCAGGGCCCUUCCUGCCCACAGCCACCACCAGUGCCACAGGCCCGCUCCCGUCUCAAUGCCACUGCCUCAGUGGAGCAGGAGGGCAGUGAAAUGCCCGAAGCACCAGGGUCCCAAACUGGCCCUGGCCCAGGUGUGGGAGAUGCAGCCACCCCAGCCAAGCCCUGGGCCCAGCGUGCCAGGAGCAGGGACAGAGUGGCUGGAACUGGGCCUGUAAGGCGAGAUGUGGAAAUCUCCUUUGAGGAAGUCCUGGAGAAGGCCAAGGCUGGGGACCCUAAGGCGCAGACAGAGGUGGGAAAACGCUACCUGCAGUUAGCCGACGAUGCAGAUGAAGAGCUCAAUAACUGUACCGCUGUGGACUGGCUGAUCAUGGCUGCAAAGCAGGGCCGGCGGGAAGCUGUCAAGCUCCUUCGCCGGUGCUUGGCAGACAGAAAAGGCAUCACAUCCGAGAAUGAGCAGGAGGUGAGGCAGCUUUCCUCCGAGACCGACCUGGAGAGGGCCGUGCGCAAGGCCGCCCUGGUCAUGUACUGGAAGCUCAACCCCAAGAAGAAGAAGCAGGUGGCUGUGUCAGAGCUGCUGGAGAAUGUUGGUCAGGUCAACGAGCAUGAUGGAGAGGUGCAGCCAGGCCCUGUCCCGAAGUCCCUGCAGAAGCAAAGGCGGAUGCUGGAGCGCCUGGUCAGCAGCGAAUCCAAGAACUACAUCGCACUGGAUGACUUUGUGGAGAUCACCAAGAAGUAUGCUAAGGGCAUCAUCCCCACCAACCUCUUCCUGCAGGACGAUGACGAGGACGAUGAGCUGGCAGGAAAGAGCCCCGAGGACCUGCCACUGCGCCUGAGGAUGGUCAAGUACCCUCUGCAUGCCAUCAUGGAGAUCAAAGAGUACCUGAUCGACGUGGCCUCCCGGGCGGGCAUGCAUUGGCUGUCCACCAUCGUCCCCACGCACCACAUCAAUGCCCUCAUCUUCUUCUUCAUCAUCAGCAACCUGACCAUUGACUUCUUCGCCUUCUUCAUCCCACUGGUGGUCUUCUACCUGUCCUUCAUCUCCAUGGUGAUCUGCACCCUCAAGGUGUUCCAGGACAGCAAGGCCUGGGAGAACUUCCGCACCCUCACCGACCUGCUGCUGCGCUUCGAGCCCAACCUGGACGUGGAGCAGGCUGAGGUCAACUUUGGCUGGAACCACCUGGAGCCCUAUGCCCACUUCCUCCUGUCGGUCUUCUUUGUCAUCUUCUCCUUCCCGCUGGCCAGCAGGGACUGGAUGCCCUGCUCGGAGCUGGCGGUCAUUGCCACUUUCUUCACUGUGACCAGCUACUUGAGCCUGAGCAGCCACGCAGAGCCCUAUACACGCAGAGCCCUGGUCACCGAGGUGGCCGCUGGCCUGCUAUCUCUGCUGCCCUCCAUGCCCCUGGAUGGGUACUACCUGCAGGUCCUCGGCCAGACCUUCCUCACCGUGCCUGUCGGCCACUUGGUCAUCCUAAACAUCAGCAUCCCCUGCCUCCUCUAUGUCUACCUGCUGUACCUCUUCUUCCGCAUGGCCCAGCUGCGGAACUUCAAGGGCACUUACUGCUACCUGGUGCCCUACCUGGUCUGCUUCAUGUGGUGCGAGCUCUCUGUGGUCAUCCUGCUAGAGUCCACCGGGCUGGGGCUGGUCCGAGCAUCCGUCGGCUACUUCCUCUUCCUCUUUGCCUUGCCCAUCUUGGUGGCCGGCCUGACCCUCAUGGGCUUGCUGCAGUUUGCCCAGUGGUUCAUGUCCCUGGAGCUCACCAAGAUUGCGGUCACCAUGGUAGUCUGCAGCGUCCCCCUGCUGGUCCACUGCUGGACCAAGGCUAGCUUCUCAGUGGUGGGGAUGGUGAAGUCCCUGACGCGCAGCUCCGUGGUCAAGCUCAUCCUGGUGUGGCUCACAGCCAUUGUGCUCUUCUGCUGGUUCUACGUGUACCGCUCAGAGGGCAUGAAGGUCUACAACUCCACGCUGACCUGGCCUCAGUACGGUGCCCUGUGCGGGCCGCGGGCCUGGAAGGAGACCAACAUGGCACGUACCCAGAUCCUCUGCAGCCACCUGGAGGGCCACAGGGUCACGUGGACAGGCCGCUUCAAAUAUGUUCGUGUUACCGAGAUCGACAACAGUGCAGAGUCGGCCAUCAACAUGCUGCCCUUCUUCAUGGGCGACUGGAUGCGCUGCCUGUACGGCGAGGCCUACCCCUCCUGCAGCGCCAGCGGCACUGCCACGGCCGAGGAGGAGCUCUGCCGCCUCAAGCUCCUGGCCAAGCACCCCUGCCACAUCAAGAAGUUUGACCGCUACAAGUUUGAGAUCACCGUGGGCAUGCCCUACAGCAGCGCCGCCAAUAGCAGCCGCAGCCGUGAGGAGGACGACGUCACCAAGGACAUCGUGCUGCGGGCCAGCAGCGAGUUCAAGAGCGUGCUGCUCAGCCUGCGCCAGGGCAGCCUCAUCGAGUUCAGCACCAUCCUCGAGGGCCGCCUGGGAAGCAAGUGGCCUGUCUUCGAGCUCAAGGCCAUCAGCUGCCUCAACUGCAUGGCGCAGCUGUCACCAGCCAGACGGCAUGUGAAGAUCGAACACGACUGGCGCAGCACCGUGCAUGGCGCCAUCAAGUUUGCCUUCGACUUCUUCUUCUUCCCGUUCCUGUCGGCAGUGUGAGAAUAAUCCGCUAGUCGGAGCAGUCCCAGAGUGAGCUGCUGUGAGGACUGAGCCAUUGCGGCGGGCCAGACGAGCACAUGCUGAUGCCAUGUGUGUGCGUGUGCGUGUGCAGACCCAGGGCUUUGGAGACACCUGCUCGUGUAUAGACUGCUUGGACUCCAAUGAAGGGGUGACACUGUUAACUCUGUCCACUCUGAAUGCCAGGCAUUGCUGGGAAUUGCAUGCAGUCUGCACCCACUCCUGAUCUUCCUGAGUGAAGCAGUGUGCCAGACUAGAUUAAAAAGGUUCUCAAGCCCCAAAAGCACUUUACAGACAAGCUUCUCCCUCCUCCCCACCUCCAGGCACCCUGUUGCCCCUACUGACUUCUCUGUUAGAUUUGUUUUUAUAAGAACCAAGUGUGUGUCCAUGUAAACUCCAAGGCAUCAUUUCUUCUUUGGUCACUACUAAGGCUCAACACCUGCUGACCUUCUCUGGGGGAUGUGCACAGCUGCUGGAGCCUGUCUUGUGGUCAAAGCCUGGCCCCAUUCUGCCGAUCAGAGGCUGAGUGAGGGGCAGCUCUGAGCACUGCAGGCCACCCUGGGGCCCCCUGUGAGUGGGCAGUGGAGGUGUUUGUGAGCGUCUUACCUGAGUCCACCAGGACUUGGGGGAAACGCAGACCCCUAGCUCCUUCCUGUGUGCAGAGGAGCCCGACCAUGUUCAGUGCCAUGGAGCAGAAAGUCAGGGUCCUAAUAUGGUUAAAAUAAAAAUCUCUGGUGAAAUCUA